UGAAUGAAUGUUUCUCUCCUCACUCUCUGUGCUCUCAUCUGCUGUGGUUAUCAUGGACAUGCAGUCUUCAUAUCAGCAGCUUGCCUCCUAACGGACGUGAAAAAGAAGUAACAGGACGAGAGAGUGGUGUUGACUGGGCUUCUGAAACAGAGACGGGCCUACAUGCCUCGUAAUUUCAACAGACCCUUCAUCCUUCAGACAGACACAUCACAAACUGGACUUGGGGCUGUCCUUUCACAGACAAUACGAGGUGACAGAGUGAUCUGACAUCAAGAAAGCAUCAUGAGCACUGAAAAAGAGCGCAGCGUCCUGAAUGAUGCCAACGAGGAGAAGGAGGUGAAAGAUGAGAAGACUGCUGUGAAGGAGGAGCUGUCUGAGGAGCAGGAGCUGGAGGAGCUAAGGGCUCAGGUGCUGCAGCUCCUGCUUGAGCUGGAAGAAGCUCGAGACACGGCUCAGAAACACGAGGAGAGCUUUCUGGAGCUGCAAGGUCUUCUCGAGGAGGAACGUUUAGCUAGUGCUCAUCAGGCAGAGGCCUUCACAAGACAGAUCCAGCAUCUGCAAGCACAACUUCGUUCUGUUCAGGAGGAGAUGGACAGUCUGGAGGAGGAGAAGGAGAGCGAGCUUCUGGAAGCGCAGGAGGAGCUGCGGGCGGCGCAGGAGGAGGUGCUGCUGCUGCAGCAGGCGUCGGAGGAGGCCGCGGCUGAAAGAGAGAACGACAUCGCCAGUCUGCAGGAGGAGCUCUGCCGCUUACGGGCGGACAUCUCUCAACUGGAGAACACGGGACAGGAGUACGAGCUGGAGAUCAUCACACUCCGAGCGGAAAUAGAGAUGAAGAGCCUGAGCCGUCUACAGCAGAGGAAGGAGGGUGAUGUGGGUCUGUUGAUGGAUGAAUGUAACAGUCUGAAGGAACAAUGCCAUGCUCUGCAAGAUGAAAACACAAGACUGAAUCACAGACUGCAGAUGCUGCAGAAGAGGAGUUCAGGCAGUUCCUGCAUCACUCUUAAAGAAGAACAGGACGAGACAGAAGAGGCAAAACACACGCAGUGCGGCACAGAGACAGAAACGGGAAGCUCUUAUAUGAGCUCCAACUGCAGGCUGGUGGACGCUGGGAUCCAGAAGAACAUAUCGUUUGAUGGCAAACCUGUGACCCCCACCGGCUGGACAGGAGGUUUCUCAGAGAUCCUCUCACUGAGAGAUCAGCUCAAGCAAACAGAAGAGAAGGCCACACAUGAGCAGAGAGAGUGUGAUGGACUGAAGAAUGAACUACAAAAUCUGCAGGAAAUGUAUGAGACCAGUCAGAAGGAGCGAGCCGAGCUGGAGCUGGAGUUACUGCGCUGCAGGGAAGAGCUGGAGAGAGCUGCUGAAGUCAAAGAGGAAUGAUGCUAAUAAAAACCAUUGAUUUGUUUCUGGCGAUCUGAAAUAUAUUGUGGAGAGCAAAGCAAAGCAGUGUGCUCACCUGAUGAAACUACGAUCAACACUCAUCACAGCCUCUACAGUAACAUCUGGAGUUUAAUGGUGUUUUUUGUGUGUCCUUUUGUCUUUUUGCAAUAAUAACUACCUUCUUAGACAAAAAAGGUUCUACUUAUAUUUUUCCUAUAAUAUUUCACAUGUGCUUCAUAUUAGUUUAGCAAAUGUUUUUGAUUUAUUCACCAUUUAGCUACUCUUGUGCUGUAGGCUUGUUGUAAAUAUCUUUAAUAUUAUGAUAAGUUUAUAUUGACGAUCUCUUCUUAAUAUAUGAGAUGAAUUAUAAAAAAUAUAUUAAUUGCAACAGACCAAAAAGUUGCUGUAAAGGAGGUUCGAAUUGAAAAGAGAAUCUGAAGUUUGUGAAUUAAAGAAAUGCUUAAAUAUUUAAAAUAGGCCUAGUUAUUUACCUUAUAACUUAUUUUGCGAAUUUACACAAUGCUAUUGGUUUGCAAUAACUGCUAUAAUCUAUCCUUUUUGUACAUUUUUAUGCAUGUUUCAGCAUGAGGCAACACUAUAUUGUCAUAUAGAUGACUAUAUAUAGAUUUAUACACUGAUGAGAAGAAUCAACAAUUCAAUAUGUCCACACAGUUCUGGGGGGAAAAAAGUAUGAACUGAACAUAAUUUUGUCAACAUUUAGUCUGAAGGUCACUUAUGUAAAAAGUAAGUGUAACCUCAUAGUUCACAUAUUUAGUUCAACCACCUACAGAAACCAGUUCAGUCUAUCUGUAUAGAGAGGAUUUUCCUGAAGCUGGUCAUUUACUCGCGUGCUUUGGAUGAUUGUCACAUGACCCAAAUUCAGUUGUGUUCUGUUCUACGGAUGUCCAAUCCAAAAGGGUCAUUAUAACUGUGAAAUAAUGAUUAUAAAUAAUUAUGUAACCUAUUCUAGUCACUUAAACAUUUUUUUUUCUAAAGUCAUCUGAAAUCUCUUUUCAUCAUGUUGCAACAGAAUGACAUUAUUUUGAGCAGGUGAUCAAAAUUAUAUCAAAAUAUGACCUGAACUCUUUGGAACGGUUUAUCAACGGCUUUUUAACAAGAAAGUUCACAUAUUUUUACUUUUCUAUCAAUGACCUUGAUUGUUGAAACCCUUUAUUGUACAAAGAUUUGCUUAAACAAUUUUAGAAUUUUUAAGAAUUGUGUGUAAAAACUAAAAAUGUAAGACUUCUAUUUGUUAUGUUUUAUGACUGAGCUGAUAAUCAGAUGACAUAUGUGAUCUCUUACAGACCAUUAACAUCUCUUAGUCAACAAACGAUUAGCUGAGAUGAUCGAAGUCUAGCAACAAAUGGAAUUCUUCUUAUUAUUAUUUCUAUUCUGUUGUGACAGUGGUACCAAAAACUGUUGUAUUUAAAUAUGUGAAAUUUCUAAAAUGAUUGUAUAUUUUGAACAGUAAUAUAGAUCAACCAUGGAGUUUAAUGGUGUUUAAUGUACUGAAUUAGCAAUUAACUGAAUU